AUGCUGUUGAAAUUCAAUGACUUAGAGAAAAAAAGGGGGGUCGGGGAAAAGUCAACGCCACUGUACCGAACGGAUCUGGAUCGGGAGAGAGCUCGCUCGACGGGGUUCGGCGCGCGGUGGCCGGAGCUGUCGCCGGAGGGGAGGAGGGAGCGGCGCCGGCGCGGUGGGGGAGAGGAGGCGCCGGGCGGAGAGGGCCCCGGCGGCGAGGGCGCGCGGUGGCCGGCGGGCACGGGUGCCGGCGAGCGCGGCGAGCCGCGGCGGGACCGGCCGGCGAUGGCUGCGGCGGCGGCGAGCAAGGCGGCGGCAGCGCGGGCGCGGGGCCCGAGCGGCGGCGCGGGAGGAGGCGGGCCUGGAGGGCCCGCGGCGGGCUGCCCGGGCCGCUGCGGCGGCGGGGUACGGCCCGUGACAUGGCGGCCUCUGUGA